UCAUAUACAAAAAUGGUAGCACGGAAAUGGUAGUCUUGUUACUUAGAAUAUUUACUCUGUCACUGGAAACUGGAACUUAUCCUGAAGUGUGGAAAACCACAUACAUAUUACCUAAGCACAAAGCAGGGGCCAAAACCAGUGCAUGCAACUAUAGACCUAUUAAUAUAACACCGGUAAUAUCACGAAUAAUGGAGAAAGUGGUUAAAGACCAAGUGUCAGACAACUUACUAGAACAUGAACUUAUCAACCCAUCACAACACGGAUUCCUCAAAAAGAGAUCAUGUGUGACCUGUCACAUAGACUUUUUCAAUGAAGUUACACGAAGCAGGGACAACAGAGAACUAGUAAUUGUGCUAUAUUUCGAUAUAACAAAAGCCUUCGAUAGAGUCCCCCAUAAUCUGCUAGUCAGCAGGUUAUGCUCACUAGGGAUAUGUGACCCUCUCCUGAGCUGGAUAAAAUCAUUUCUCUGUGACAGGAAUCAGAUAACAAAAGUUGGCUCGAUAAUCUCAAGGCCUAAACCAGUAAGUAGUGGUGUAAUCCAGGGAAGUGUAUUAGGCCCACUCCUAUUCAUAAUAUAUAUAAACAGUAUCUGUGAAUGCUUUAGUGUUGGUAAACCAAUACUAUAUGCAGAUGACUUAAAAGUGACCUAUAAAUGCAAGAACACAGAUCUCGGAAUAACAGUAAACGCCAUACAGCAAGAAUUAGAAAAAAUGGAUAGAUGGUGUGACACCUGGCAACUCCAGUUUAAUGUCGACAAAUGUGGCUGGCUCUGCAUAGGUUGCAACAAUUUAGAACUUGACCUGACAAUUCAAGGCCAUGCACUCUUACGACUGGAAUCUGUAUUGGACCUAGGACUGAAAUACUCACAUGACUUAUCAUUUUCUGAACAUAUCUCCAAACAAGUGUCAAAGUCACGCAGACUUAUCGGCUUUCUACUCAGGAACUUUUACAGAAAUGAGUCCAGAAUUCUGUUGUACAAGUAGUAUACGCAUAGAGGACAAAUUGAAAGUCGAGGGAGUGCAGAGGUACUUCACGUCAAAAUUACUCGGAACCGAAAAUGGUGCGAACUACUCCACUAGAUGUGACACCCUAGGAUUAGAAACACUAUGGCUAAGACGCCUGAGACUAAACUUAACACUUUACUAUAA